AUGUUUUACUACCCCACAGUUUUAAAGCAUCAUACUGGAUGUUUCUCUACAAUUUGGCUGGUUGCUACAAAAGGUAUCAGAGUUCCUCGCAGGGAUUUCCUGAAAGUGAACGUCAAAAGCACGUGUGAUGACAUCAUGAACUAUGUGCUGGAACGGGUCCCGCCGCCUCGGCCUGGUCUGCCACGACCCCGCUUCUCCCUCUACCUGUCCUCCCAGCUCCAGUACGGCGUCAUCGUCGUCUACCACCGGCAGUGUGCUAUUCUCCUGGAGGAACUUCACACCAUCGUGGGCCAACUGGUGAAACAAGCGACGUCCCAGAAAAUUGAUAUGGAUGACUACAGCAGACAAUCUCUGUUGCUCCCGGAUGCUCUGUCUCUCCUGGAGGAAGCAGAAGGAGCUCUGGACCCUUUGUUUGGAGUGAUGGACAGUCCCAGUACACUGUUACAGAUGGGUGAGGAGUAUCAGAGAGAGGCCUCUCCUGAGCUUCCUGAACUGAUCAGCCCAACUGCUGCUGCUGCUGCAGAAAACGGCAUGACUGCAUCUCCUGAGACCAUCACUAUGAGAGAGACGGAGCCGGUUGCUAUGCCUGUUACAGAGUUUGAGGGUGAAGAGCUCAUCCAUCAGCAUCCAGAGACCAUUGACUUCCUCUUGGAGCAGCCAGAUUACUUUCCAGAGGAGGAUUUGGAGGCACAGAGAGAAAAAGAGACACGGGGAGAGCAAGAGAGGGAGCUGGAGAGGCGAGGGACAGAGGGAGACCUGGAGGAAGAGAGAGCAAAAGAGCUCACAGGAUCUGUUAAUGGAUUACAGCCCACCACUGCCUCCAGUGAAGAGGCCACACUGCUGCCUCAGGAAGGGCCUGGUCUGUCGGUGGAGAAGCCAGAACCCCCCCCAGACCAGCUCACUCCCGUCUCUGCUCCCCCUCUCCCCUCGCCACCCUCUGCAGAGAGGGAACGUGAAAUACCGAUUGUGGCAUUAGAGGACUUGCCCACUCCAGAGGAGAGGAGGAGGAGGCAGCUGAUCUUCUUCGACUCGGUGACCCAGAUCCCCCAGGAGGUGCUGCAGCAGCAGAUCGACGACCCCCUGACUGAGACCAGCCCUCCACCUUUUUUACCACCUCCAUCUGACAUAAGUCUCUCUGCUACUGAACUCCUCAACAACCCCUGCACCUUCUUGCCUGAAGAGGUGCUGUUUCUAUGGAGACAGGCUGCGACUAUCACGCCUGUCCCUGGCUCGGACCUGCAGGUUGGGGAGAGAGGGCCCGAGUCCACUGACUCAGAGAAGGAGAGAGAGCGCGAGAUGGCCGAGGCAGCCGAAAGGGAGGAGGAGAGGCUUGAGCUCAGCCCCAAAGAGGUCCCUAAAGAUUUGGCCGAAGAGGAGAUGUUUGAUAUUUCAGGCAUGGGCACACUGCCACUGGAGGCCUCCGACCAAAGGGAGGUGUCACGAGAGAUGUCGCCCAUAGACUCAUCAGAGAGAGAAGGGUCCACCGUCUCCAGGCCUGUCCCCGCACUGGGGGACAUCCCAGAGGUGGUGGACGAAGCCCUGGAGAGAGCAUUGCCCGAGCACGAACCAGCACCAGCACCUGUGCUUUUCCGGUCUCUUCUGCCGCCGGACGUCGACCGCAGGACUGUCAGCACCACUUUUCAAAGGCUCCUGGAGAAUUUAUCAGCCAGGAAGAUGUGUGUGGAGCAGAGCGAGCCUUAUGGUGACAUCUUGAUAUCACUUGGGCCUGAAUACCAGGAGGUGCAGCUGACUGUGUGAUGAGUACAUGGUUGUUCAAGUCCCCAUGAGCCUCCUGUUCUGACAUUUGCUGAGUUGAAAAUUCUGGAUUCAAACAAUGCAAUAUAGAAAACAUAGCAAUAAAAGUGAAUUUUUGUAAGUGAUCAUCUCUUAGGAUUUGUUAUUGCUGUAUUUUGUUGACAUGUUUAAAACUAUUUAAGUUUUUUAAAUAUUUUACCUGCUGUUUUUAUGUCUUCUUCAUCAUUGUUCUCUGUUGCUAAAGUGACCAAUAACCUGUAUCAACUUUAUAACCCACCAGGUGAAUAUUUUAACUGUUUGUUGCUGUUGUAUGUCUGAUAUUUUUAAUGAUCUUACCUCAUGUUAUUCUGUGCAGGGGAAAAAAACAUGUUCAUCCCUGUUCCCUUUGAACGUGAACUACUAAAUAAAAUCUUUAUAUGACCUC